CAGCGCCGGACGGAGGGGACGCAGGACAUAGGAGGGGAGAAAAGCCACCCAGAGCAGAUAUGGAUGUUUAACCGGGGAAGAAUUCUUUCAGAAGCUCUUUGAUCAUUUUUCUAAGAUGUUGCUUUUGCCCCAGGAGGAUGAGAAUUAGACCUGCUCGAUGUUUCUCUUCAGUUAACAACCGAAACAAAAUGAGGAUUUCUUCUCGCCUUUGGAUCCUGUUGAUGUUCUCGGGCUCAUGGGGUCUGGCGAUGGGAGCUUUCCCGAGCAGCGUCCAGAUCGGUGGUCUGUUCAUCAGAAACACCGAUCAGGAGUACACCGCCUUUCGCUUGGCCAUCUUCCUGCACAAUACGAGCCCCAACGCGUCGGAAGCCCCAUUCAACCUGGUGCCUCAUGUGGACAACAUUGAAACGGCCAACAGCUUCGCCGUCACCAACGCCUUUUGCUCACAGUAUUCCCGCGGUGUCUUCGCCAUCUUCGGCCUGUAUGACAAGCGCUCGGUCCACACGUUGACGUCCUUCUGCAGCGCCCUGCACAUCUCCCUCAUCACGCCCAGUUUUCCCACCGAGGGCGAGAGCCAAUUCACCCUGCAGCUCCGGCCGUCCAUCCGGGGGGCACUGCUGUCCCUCCUUGACCACUACGACUGGAAUAAGUUUGUCUUCCUGUACGACACGGACCGAGGGUACGCCAUCCUGCAGGCCAUCAUGGAGAAAGCUGGACAGAACAACUGGCAGGUCAGCGCCAUCUGUGUGGAAAGCUUUAACGAUGCUAACUAUCGACGGCUGCUGGAGGACCUGGACCGGCGACAGGAGAAGAAGUUUGUCAUCGACCUGGAGGCUGAGAGACUGCAGAACAUGUUGGAACAGAUUGUCAGUGUCGGGAAGCAUGUGAAGGGAUACCACUACAUCAUGGCCAAUCUGGGCUUUAAGGACAUCAACCUGGAGCGCUUCAUGCACGGAGGAGCCAACGUGACAGGGUUCCAGCUGGUGGACUUCAGCAACCCCAUGGUCAUCAAACUGAUGCAGCGCUGGAACAAACUGGAUCAGAGGGAAUACCCAGGCUCAGACGCCCCACCAAAGUACACGUCAGCGCUGACGUACGACGGGGUGAUGGUGAUGGCCGAGGCCUUCAGGAGCCUGCGCAGACAAAAGGUUGACCUCUCCAGACGGGGGAAUGCUGGCGACUGCCUUGCUAACCCUGCCGCCCCAUGGAACCAGGGCAUCGAUAUGGAGCGCACCCUAAAACAGGUCCGGCUGCAGGGAUUAACAGGUAAUGUUCAGUUUGACCACUAUGGCCGAAGGGUCAACUACACUAUGGACGUUUUUGAGCUGAAGAAUAAUGGACCCAGAAGGAUUGGCUAUUGGAAUGAUGCAGACAAACUGGUGCUCAUCCAAGACUCCCCGCUGCUUCCAAAUGACACCACUGGCAUGGAAAACCGAACUGUUAUUGUUACUACCAUCAUGGAGGGUCCCUAUGUGAUGCUAAAGAAGAACUGGGAGAUGUACGAAGGCAACGACCAGUACGAGGGUUACUGCGUGGACCUGGCCUCUGAGAUUGCCAAACACAUUGGUAUCAAGUACAAGAUCUCCAUCGUCCCGGAUGGAAAGUACGGCGCCAGGGACCCAGAGACGAAGAUCUGGAACGGCAUGGUCGGGGAGCUGGUGUACGGGAAAGCGGAAAUCGCUGUGGCCCCUUUGACUAUCACACUGGUCCGGGAGGAGGUUAUCGAUUUCUCCAAACCCUUUAUGUCGCUUGGUAUUUCCAUCAUGAUCAAGAAGCCCCAAAAAUCUAAGCCGGGUGUUUUCUCCUUCCUGGACCCGUUGGCCUACGAGAUCUGGAUGUGCAUCGUGUUUGCCUAUAUCGGCGUGAGCGUGGUGCUCUUCCUGGUCAGCCGCUUCAGCCCGUACGAAUGGCACACCGAGGAGCCCGAGGAGGGCACCGACGGUCCGCCAAGUGACCAGCCCCCCAAUGAGUUUGGAAUCUUCAACUCCCUCUGGUUCUCCCUGGGCGCCUUCAUGCAGCAGGGCUGCGACAUCUCCCCCAGAUCAUUAUCUGGACGGAUAGUUGGAGGGGUGUGGUGGUUCUUCACCCUCAUCAUCAUCUCCUCCUACACGGCCAACCUGGCUGCCUUCCUCACUGUGGAGAGGAUGGUCUCCCCCAUCGAGAGCGCAGAGGAUCUGGCCAAACAGACCGACAUUGCCUAUGGCACUUUGGACUCAGGCUCCACCAAAGAGUUCUUCAGGCGGUCCAAGAUUGCCGUCUACGAGAAGAUGUGGGGCUACAUGAAGUCUGCCGAGCCCACAGUCUUCACCAAGACCACGGCUGAAGGAGUGGCGCGGGUCCGCAAGUCCAAAGGGAAAUACGCCUUCCUGUUGGAGUCCACCAUGAACGAGUACACAGAGCAGAGAAAACCCUGCGACACAAUGAAAGUGGGAGGCAACCUGGACUCCAAAGGCUACGGAGUAGCUACACCCAAGGGUUCACAGUUAAGAAGUGCCGUUAACCUGGCCGUGUUAAAACUCAAUGAACAAGGCCUGUUGGACAAAUUGAAAAACAAGUGGUGGUACGACAAAGGAGAGUGUGGCAGCGGAGGCGGUGGCGAGAAGGACAAGUCGUCCCAGGCCCUGAGCCUGAGCAACGUGGCGGGGGUCUUCUACAUCCUCGUCGGGGGCUUGGGUUUGGCAAUGCUGGUGGCCCUCAUUGAAUUCUGCUACAAGUCACGCAACGAGGCCAAAAGAAUGAAGCUAACCUUCACAGAAGCCAUGAGGAACAAGGCUCGUCUAUCCAUCACAGGUAGCGUUGGGGAGAACGGCCGGGUUCUGACGCCCGACUGUCCCAAGGCCGUCCACACCGGGCCCCCCAUCCGCCAGAGCUCGGGCCUGGCCCUGGUUUCCUCUGAGCUUCCUUGAAAACCAAAAACCUCUCAAGUGCCUUAUUGCAAUAAUACCACCACCACCGACUGAGACAGGAACCACAAAGACACAGGAUUCACACAGGCGACAGGUCUCUACUGGUCAGGAGGAGUGAAACCCACUGCGAGGUGGGCUCAGCGGACCUCCAAAAUCUGACAAACCCAGAGACAGAACUUUCUUCUUUUCUUAUUGGACCAGUGGCUGAGGAGGAAUAGGAGUGGACAAAAAAUAUCAUCAGAGACGACGACUAGAAAAAAUUGCAAACUUGAAACUUGUUCGUCUUUUCUGAGCGUGUGGAAAAAUCUGGACUGUUCUCAGACAGCAGCAGAUAUCAACGAGCGGCAGCAGGAAGGAAGACCUGCAGACGGAUAUUUAUAUUCAGAAAAGCAGAAAUUUACAUUUAUUGAUACUGAUUAUAUGAGCAAAUCUAGAAUUCUGUGAACAUUAGUAAAUAUGUAUAUUCUGAGGAAGAACUGAUUACAUCUAGCUGUACAUAACCACUUCUGUGCUUGCUUUUUAAACACAUGUACAUAGCAGACGCUGUAGUGAAGAGACCUUCUCCUCCUUUUCUAAACUAUCUUCGAAGAUUUUAUUCGUCGCAAUAAUGAAAAGGAUGAUGCCACCUGAACUUUGUGUUAAUAUAUUAAUCUAGGAGCAUCCAAACUCUAAAUGUGAAGGGUAUCGACUGCCCAAAUACUCUGAUAUCUGUUGCAGUAAAAGUUAUGAAAUAUAUUCCAGGAUGAAUGUUAAGUAGCUCCACCCUACGAGCCCAACCCAUAGUCCUCACUGUGCAGACGUAGACCCAGAGAGCUGCUUUAGAAAUCGAUUUCUGCUCUCAGAACAUUAUUUUUUCCAUUCUUUGAUCUAUUUUUUUAUGCUGAAAAAUAAAGAAAAUGACUUAUUUAAAUGAGUACUAUCAGGGUAGUACUUCAAUGCCAUCAAUGGAACAAUGCCAUUUCUCCCACUAUGUUGUGUUGAACUGGGAUCAGGGCCGGUCCUAACUGAAUCACUGUGGAUCCUCUGGGGAGGCUCGACAUGCUGUAGAGUGUCCUCUCUCCUGGAGACAGUUGGACAAUCUGCAGGAGGACACGAGACGCCCGGAGCCUUCAGUGGCGUAAUGAGACGCUUUCACUGAAGUCCAGCUUCUCAUCCGGAUCGUCCUCCAACAGGCCGAUGCUUAUGAAGGGGAAGAAACCAGCUACACAGAGUCCAGGUCUCAUAUUCUCGUCCUGCCAUUUGUCUCUAGACCGGACACGUGACAUAAGCGUCUUUACUUCUGAUUUAAUUGUACAUCUUUAUUUUGAUCUUUUUUAAGUAAAGAAAAAAAUUAUUUCAAAUGACAA